AUGAAUUGUUGUGCUGCGGCGGGAAUUUUUUCUUUUUUUUUUUCAGAAAUAAAACAGCAACGCAAUUUUCCAGAAGAAGCAGCACCGCUGGAAUCCUGCUUGCAUGGCGAGUUUUGCACGGGUGGUUCCUUCUGCAUAGCCGGUUUCUGUGUUUGCGCAACCGGAAGCACUGCACUGAAUGGAGAGUGCGUGCAGCAUCGUCUGGCACCGCCGAAUUCCUCGUGCAGUCCAGGCGUGCAGUGCACCGGCGGGUCGAACUGCGUUGGAAACGUUUGCACUUGUCCAGAUGGCCAGCAUUCUCUGGACGGAAUAUUAAUGGCAGGAGGUGCGUGCCCGACCGGACGUGAGCAGUGCAUGGGUGUAACGGCAGGAGGUGCGUGCCCGACCGGACGUGAGCAGUGCAUGGGUGGUUCGAGCUGUGUGUCUGGCGUAUGUGAAUGUCCGUUUGGUUCUGUCUCAGAACUUGGUGUAUGUGUCCCGGUACGGACGGUGCCUGCUGGGUCGCCUUGUAGCAGGACUGAAAUUUGUAGUGCUACUGCGACUUGUAUCGACGGAAUCUGCCAGUGUCCUGACGGCAUGUUUGUACAAGUUAGUUCGAUCAUUCCUUACACUUUUUCGGAAUUAUUCUCAAAAUUGCUGGGAUUAAUAUGGGAUGCACAGGAGAAGUAACG